CAAGCUGUCAGUCAGUCUGUCCUGGUGGAAGACAGUCGGCUUAUUAAAGGUCACAUCAAACCUGAUCGCAUAGUGGCGAGAUACAAGAGAAGGAACCACGAGAUGAUUGUGGAGAGAGUGAGACUCUGACACGAUGUCUUAUCACAGCAAACAGUUAAUGGAGCAUAUUCCUUAUGUCCCUCCGCUGGCUCUGCACGGCAUCUCCGUGAACGACAACGACAGCGGGGCGCACUGUAAAGAUGCGCUUCGACUCGGACUGCCUUUGCAUCUGGACGCUACAUACCUGGACCCGGUGCACGGCCAGAUGUCGCCCUACAGACGGAUAACAUAUUUCCCCUAUCACGGACACUUCGGCGUAUGCGAUUAUUCCUUCGAGCCUGCGUUUAUUCGGAAAAGGAACGAAAGGGAGAGACACCGGGUGCGCUGCGUAAACGAGGGUUACGCACGGCUCCGGGAGCAUCUGCCCGAGGAGUUUGAGGACAAGCGGCUCAGCAAAGUGGAGACACUGCGGGCAGCCAUUGACUACAUCAAACACCUGCAGAGCCUACUGGAUAUUAACGUGUCCGGCAUGGAGAUGCCGUUUGGAGACGCGCGCAACCGUGCGCCUUUGCCGCUGCAGAGGAUGGAGCGCAAGAGUGAUGGAGAAUCCAAAAGUGGACUCAGCUUCAGCAGGGGCAUGGUAUAGAUGUCGCUUCUCUAUGACAUGCUGACUACUAAUCACACAGCACUUCAGUGUGACUUAGAGGAAAUAAUGGGACAACAGUUGAUUAAGUUGUAACGUGACAAAAUGAACAACCUGCUGCCUUAAACUCAACUAGAACAUACAAUUUCAACGAGGUUUAACUUUUGAUAAAUGUAAAUGUGUAAUUUCUUGUCAGGCAACCAUACAUUUCCAAAGUAAAUGGUGAUUUUAAGAAGAUAAUUUCAAUGAAAUUCAAACAAUAAAAAGGAAAUGACAAUUAAACAAUUGUCAUUUUUGUGCCAUAUCACAUUUUUGAUUAUACAAUACUGAGACAUUUGACAAAUACUUGAUACUGUAAAUCCAAGUUUAUAGGACUAUAUGUAUCCUUUUCAGUGACCAUUAACAAGUGAAGCAGCUCUUCUCAUCAUAAAUGUGUUAAAAGUGAAACAAAAGCAAAAACAUUGUUUGUAGACAAUUCUAUUUUAUUUUGUGGUAAGUAUUAAACUCCUGUGGACAAGCAUUUGCUGACUCUGUGAGCAAAUCAUAACAAAGACAACUCAACAAGUAAAGGUUCUGCAUACAUAUCUUCUCUAAGGUGUAA